GCGAAAGUCUCAGACUUUGGGUUGCUGAGGAUGGGCGAGGGCAGCUGUUCAGUGCAGUCCACGCGGGUGAUGGGCACACCGGGCUAUGUGGACCCUGUCUACUCAAUCACUCGCAAGGCCACUCCCAGUGCUGAUGUGUACAGUUUUGGAGUGCUGAUGAUGGAGCUGCUGGCAUGCAAGCACGUGGUGAUGCUCUCUGAAGAUGGAUCACACACCAACAUCAAGGAAUGGGUGGAGCAACAGGUGGAAAGGGGGAGCACUGCGUCUGUUGUGAAUGGGGAUCUCAAAGCACCACAUGCCAUGGCCUGCACGCUAGUGGAGAUUCUCCCCUUCACCAGCCACCGCAUCAGCCACCGCAACAGCCACCCCAUUCGCCACCCCAUCCGCCGGCCCAUCCGCGGCGCCAUGCGGCUAGCGGAGAUGCGCGCGGUGUACGCGCAGUUGGCGCCGCUGAUGGCGGGCAUGAUCCUGGUGGCCAUGGGGUUGUGCGUCGCGCUCGUCUCCAUGCUCGAUAUCAUCGUCGCCGCGCUCUGCCCCACCGACCAGUGCCCCGAGGCGCUCAUGCUCUCCGCCGGCCGCGCCACGAUAGGCGGCAUAGCGAACAUCAUCGUGGCGCCCAUAUUCGGAGGCCUGUCCGACAAGUACGGCCGCAAGCCCUUCCUGCUGCUCGGCAUCGCAGGCAUCACCAUCCCCUACGCCAUCCUCGCUACCAGCUCCAGUCGCCUGGCCGUGUACCUAUUCUUUGCGGCAGAAACGGCAGGGUCUGCCGUGGGGGGAUCUGCAUGGCUCAAUCUCAUCUAUGCCUACGUGGCGGACGUGACAGCGGAGGCCAACAGGGCGGCGGCGUUUGGAGCCAUCUCCGGCACCACCGCCUUUGGGUUUCUCGCUGGCCCGCUCGUCGCCCGAUUCGUGCCGCCCGCUAUCACCUUCCAUGUGGCAACGCUGCUGUGCUCGUGUGGGUGGGCGUACAUUCUCUUCAUGGUGCCCGAGUCCCUGCCCUCGCACCGCCUCCUGCGCAAGGCCGCCUCGCUUGCUGACGAGGAGCACGGCACUGCUGCUGCCGCUGCUGCUGCGGCUGUGGCGGCUGUUGAUGGGGUGGGGCCCACAGGGGGGAGUCCAGACGGGGGAGGAGGAGGAGGAGGAGGCAGUGGGGGGAAUGUGGGGGAGCGGACGUGGCUGCUGGAAGGGAGUGGAGGUGGAGGGAAUGGGGAAAAGGGAGGAGGCAAAGGAGGUGGACGCGAGGGGGGAGAGGUAGGGGGAGGAGGGGGGGGUGCAGGGCGGGGAGGGGCGAGGGGCGUGGGGGGAGGAAAGGUGGCGUUGAUGCGCAACAGAUCAACUCUGAGAGAAGCCAUGCACGUCAUGUCCUCCAGUCCGCUCGUGUCCAUACUGCUGCUCGUGGCAUUCCUGCAUGCCUUCGCUGACAACGGCCAAACGUCCAACAUGUUUUACGUGUUCAAGGCCAAGUUCCACUGGAACAAGGACGACUUCUCGCUUUACACCGCUGGCAUCGGCCUCUUUGCCGUGCUCUCCCAGCUCGUGCUGCUGCCCCUGCUGCUCCAGAUACUCUCCCUUCACGCCCUCCUCAUCCUCGCUAUUUCCAUCAACAGCUUUCAUAUGAUCUUGUAUGGGCUCGCCUGGAAGCCAUGGGUGGUGUACCUCGCGCUAUCAAUGAGCCUCGUCUCCUCGCUCACUCAAACCUCGAUCGGCAGCAUGGUUUCACACCUUGCAGGCCCCAGCGAACAGGGCAAGCUGCAAGGGGUGGUGUCGGGCGUGUCAUCACUCUCUGCCGUGCUCGCACCUCUCACCAUCAACCCCAUCACCGCGUAUUUCAUGUCUGACUCAGCGCCCAUCCACCAGCCUGGUGCCGGCAUCAUUGUUGCCGGCAUUGUUGAGGCGGUGGCAUGUGUGCUUGUGCUGGCACUACCAUCAACUGCAGGCAAGGCAGACGUCAUCGUCGCCGCGCUCUGCGCUACCGACCAGUGCCCCGAGGCGCUCAUGCUCUCCGCCGGCAGCGCCACGCUUUCGCUGCUACCAACCUCUCUUUCCCCCUCUCUCCACCUCUCCCCUCUCUCGUUCCCGCCCCUUUUCGAGCUCCCCUUGCUCUGUGCUCCCCCCGCCACACCAGCCCUGCUCUCUUCUCUUCUCACCCCUGCUGCCCUGCAGCUCUCCCUUUUGGCGGAUGUGACUGAGGAAACCGACAGGGCGGCGGCGUUUGGAGCCAUUUCCGGCACCACCGCCGUUGGCUUCCUCGCUGGCCCGCUUGUCGCCCGAUUCGUGCCUCCAGCCAUCACUUUCCAUGUGGCGACGCUGCUGUGCUCGUGUGGGUGGGUGUACAUUCUCUGCAUGGUGCCCGAGUCCCUACCUGACUCUCUACCUGAGUCCCCGUCUGAGUCCCUGCUCUCGCAACCCCUCCUGCGCAAGGCUGCCUCGCUUGCUGAUGUGGAGCGUGGUCGUACUCUUGCUGCCGCCGAUGCUGCUGUGGUGGCUGUUGAUGGGGUGAGGUUUCCACGAGGGGUUUCCGAAGGGGGUGGCGGAGUGAGAAGUGGAAGAAGAGGAGGAAGCAGUCGGGAGAGUACUCUUGCUGCUGUUGCUGCUGCUGUGGCGGCUGUUGAUGGGGUGAGGGUUCCAGGAGGGGGUCAAGAAGGGGAUUGCGGAGUGAGAAGUGGAGGAGGCAGUCGGGUUCUCCAGGUGCCCCCGCUGCCCUCUCACUGCCUCUCACUGCCUCUCACUGCUGGACUGGCACUGUUCACCUUCUGUGUCGUGUUCAACCAUUUUUCUCAAAUCCACUCGUCACUUCUCUCGCCAUCCUCCCAACUCAACGCCAUUCCCUUCCCUUCCCCUCUACGCCCCGUUGUCCCAUGCCCCACGGGAGCCAGUCGGCUCGUGUGCAUGCUGCUGCUCGUGGCCUUCCUGCAUGCCUUUGCUGACAACGGCCAAGUGGCCAACAUGCUUUACGUGUUCAAGGCCAAGUUCCACUGGGGCAAAAACGACUUCUCACUAUACACCGCUGGCAUCGGCCUCUUUGCCGUGCUCUCCCACCUUUUGCUGCUGCCCCUGCUGCUCAAGAUGCUCCCCCUUCCCACCCUGCUCAUCCUCGCUAUUUCCAUCAACACCGUCCAUCGGUCCUAUCAGCACCAUGAUCUCACACCUUGCAGGCCCCAGGGAACAGGUGAGCCAUGCAGGGGAUAG